AUGAUGGAAAUGAUGCAAAAUCAGUUAAUUGCAUCUUCUAAGGGGGAUAAUAAGCCACAAAUUCCUCAAAUCACAGCUGGACCAACAAGACAUCAAUUUCACUCUUCUUCAUCUAAAGAAAAGAAAAUUAAAGAAGAUGAUCAGGAUGAUUCCCAGGAUCCAAUGGAUUUUAAUGACAAUGAGGACAUGGAAAUGCAUCUUGGAGCAUUCCAUAAUUUAGAAGGCUUGGACUUUGAAAUAAUUGUUAAAAUAGGGGUGAGCUCGGAGCCCAAAGUUUCAACAAAAGAAUUCAAAAUUGGAGUAGCCUCUGGUAUUGCUCCAAAGCCCAAGGCUUCCCCAGGAUUGGGGUUUAGGACCAAAUCAAUGAAAUUGGUUGCAACCCUUCCUCUUCCCAUUCCUUUUCUUCUGGGGCUUCUUAGGGGAUUAGAUGAUGGUGCUUCCAAAGCUCGAGCAGCUCUGCACCCUUUAAGUAGUUGA